AUGGAAUUCUUAAAAAGACACGAAGGUCAUAUGCAUAUGAGUGAUCCAGCCUCAUCAAUGGCCAUGUCAGUCACUUCAGCAGUUAUGGAAAUGGCUUCAUCGACAAUGGACAUGGCAAUGUCAUCUAGUACUUCGCUGGGUAUGGCUAUGGAAGGUAUGGAUCAUGGAUCUUCUCAUAUGGCAAUGAACAUGUGGCUCACGGCAUCAUAUAAAGAUUAUCCUGUUGUAUUCAGAGAUUUAAGAGCUAGCACCAAAGCUCAAGCCUUUGGGAUAUUUGUUUUGUUAUUCUUUGUUGCUUUCCUUGCUAGAAUGUUGGAAUUUGUUCGAAAUUAUCUUGAAGAAAUUGUUUGGAAAAAUAAUAAUUAUGUUGAAGUCGAACAAGGAAUUUCUCAACAUAGUGCCAAUUUGCAACCACCACCAGUUAAAUCAUGUUGUGAUGAUACUGAAAAAGAAGUUGUUUCCGAUGAAAGUAUUGAUAAACAGAAUUCUCCACAACAUGAAGAAACCACUAAACCUCGUGGUACCGGUAAGUCAUUAUCUUUAGCAUCAACAAUUUCAAGAGAUAUUAUUAGACUUGCAUUAUGUAUUAUUCCAGAUUUGUUUGCUUAUUCCUUGAUGUUGGCUGCUAUGACCUACACUUUGACUUAUUUCUUUGCUGUGGUUAUUGGCUCUGGUAUUGGAAGAUUUGUUGCCGAAAGAUUAAUGGAACACUAUAGAAUUAAACGUGGCCCUCCUAGAAAUUGUUGCUAG